GUCACAAGGGAAAUUACUCUGACACAUCUUUACAAAGGUCAAGGACCUUUUUGUAAAAAAAUGUAUACAAAAUCUUUUAGAGUACUCUUGCAACGAUUUGCAACACUGAAAAAUGUUUGCUACUGUAAAUAUUCAACCAGAGAAUUUCGUGACCCCAGGUUUUUCAAUCUGUACCAACAUGCAAAGUCAAGAUUAUUGGAUGACCAAAGAAAAAGCGGUGUUUUGUCACACAAGAUGGAGGUAAACAGAGUUCGACUUCAUUUUGAGAUGACGGGGGACGGCAAUCACAGUGUUGUACUAAUGCCAGGAGCACUAGGUUCCACAAGAACGGAUUUUGCUCAACAGUUAAAUACCUUCAAUAAGCAAGAUUUCACUCUGAUAGCGAUAGAUCCCCGAGGUUAUGGACAGAGUCGACCUCCAGACAGAGAUUGGCCUCUUGAGUUCCUGCAGAGAGAUGCUGAAGAUGCCAUGGAAUUAGUGAGGAAACUAGAUGUGCAGAAAGUAUCACUGUUGGGUUGGAGUGAUGGAGGGAUAUCGGCAAUGAUUGCUGCUGCCCGUUACCCUGAGAUAGUUGACAAACUCGUCAUCUGGGGAGCCAAUGCUUAUAUUACAAAGAAAGAUAUGGAAUUUUAUGAAACAAUUCGAGACAUUUCUGCCUGGAGUGAGAAAAUGCGUGUUCCAUUUCUAUCAAUGUAUGGUGAGAAAUACUUUCGGACGCAGUGGAGUAACUGGGUAGAUGCUUACAAAAACUACUUUACCAAGAGAAAUGGAGAUAUAUGUAUUGCUGAAGUUGAGAAGAUAAAAGCCAAGACAUUGAUAAUACAUGGCAUGAAGGAUCCCCUUGUGCCUCUAGAGCAUCCUGACUACCUGCAUCAUAACAUCAAAGGCUCAAGACUGUACAUAAUGCCAGAAGGAAAACACAACAUACACCAGAAAUAUUAUCGAGAAUUCAACUUUCUCGUCGAGCAUUUCUUAAAACGUUGAUUUAACUUGAAGUAGUUGUGCUACUGCAUGUAUGUACUACAUAGAGAUUUUAGAUUUCUAAAACAUGGCAGAAAGAUUUAAGAAAAAAAUGCAGAAUACUUCUAACAGUGCCAUAAUUUUUAUCAUUUAAUUAAUUGUUGUUAAAACAUGCUUGAAAAGAUUCCAAUGACAGAAAAGAAUAAGAGACAUUAAUAGUAAUAGGAAAUGCAUUUUAGUCUUGUAUAUGCUGGUACAUACUUCAAAGAGAUAUGAAAAAAAUCUCUGCCUAUAUGGUGUGUAUAUAGAAUAAAUCCUUAGGUAGCUUUGUUGAUUGAGAUAUACUUGUAGUGACUUCAAAAGUUUAAUUGUAGUAAAAAAAGAAUAUUUAAAAGAUAAUUUUAUAUUUACAUUUUGAACAUAUUUGGUGCAUUUUCAGGGAGUGAUUAAUGUUAAACUGAUUAUUUAUAAUAACUGCUGUUUCAAUUGAUACAUUUUUGUGAAAAAUCUCAGUUUGUUACAAUGUAAUGGAUCAUUUUGUUGUUGUUUUUUUUUUCUUGAAAUAGCUUAUAGUAUUUAGCAAUGUUUCAAGUAUAAUAUAUUUUGUUACUUUUUAGCUCACCUGUCACAAAGUGACAAGGUGAGCUUUUGUGAUCGUGUGGCGUCCGUCCGUCUGUAAACUUUUGCUUGUGACCACUCUAGAGGUCACAUUUUUCAUGGGAUCUUUAUGAAAGUUGGUCAGAAUGUUUAUCUUGAUGAUAUCUAGGUCAAGUUCGAAACUGGGUCACGUGUGGUCGAAAACAAGGUCAGUAGGUCUAAAAAUAGAAAAACCUUGUGACCUCUCUAGAGGCCAUACUUUUCAAUGGAUCUUCAUGAAAAUUGGUCAGAAUGUUUACGUUGAUGAUAUCUAGGUCAAGUUCGAAACUAGGUCACGUGCCAUCAAAAACUAGGUCAGUAGGUCAAAUAAUAGAAAAACCUUGUGACCUCUCUAGAGGCCAUAUUUUUCAUGGGAUCUGUAUGAAAGUUGGUUUGAAUGUUCAUCUUGAUGAUAUCUAGGUCAAGUUCGAAACUGGGUCAAAAACUAGGUCAGUAGGUCUAAAAAUAGAAAAACCUUUUGACCACUCUAGAGGCCAUAUUUUUCAUGGGAUCUGUAUGAAAGUUGGUUUGAAUGUUCAUCUUGAUGAUAUCUAGGUCAAGUUCGAAACUGGGUCAAAAACUAGGUCAGUAGGUCUAAAAAUAAAAAAACCUUUUGACCACUCUAGAGGCCAUAUUUUUCAAUGGAUCUUUAUGUAAAUUUGUCUGAAUGUUCACCUUGAUGAUAUCUAGAUAAAGUUUGAAACUGGGUCAUAUGUGGUCAAAACUAGGUCAGUAGGUAUAAAAAUAGAAAAACCUUGUGACCUCUCUAGAGGCCAUACUCUUCAUGAGAUCUUCAUGAAAAUUGGUGAGAAUGUUCACCUUGUUAAUAUCCAGGUCAAGUUUAAAACUGGGUCAUGUGCCUUCAAAAACUAGGUCAUUAGGUCAAAUAAUAGAAAAACCUUGUGACCUCUCUAGAAGCCAUAUUUUUCAAUGGAUCUUCAUGAAAAUCGGGUCAUGUUGAGACAGGUGAGUGAUUCAGGACCAUCAUGGUCCUCUUGUUUGUGAAAGGUUUAUUGUGAAAUCUAUAUAAUUUUAAAUCAUUUAAAUUUGUGGGUACAACAAUUUACUUUGUGCAGUAUGUAUUCCGGAAUUUUAAACAUAAUAUGAAUUUAAACUUUACACUUUCGAUUUAAUUUUGUGGAUUGACACAACUAGAAAACCCACAAAAAAUAGUCAACCAUGAAAAUUUAUGAUUUCACAGCAUUUGCUGUGAUAGAUUUGCAGCUUUUCUGAUGACAAAUCUCAGGUGUUUCUUAUAGCAUUACAAAAAAAGAAGUGGCAGUGAUGGAAUAUUAACACAGCAGUGCACAGAUGAUGUCAUGAAUUUUUAUAUGUUUAGUUCUUUUUGUUAUAAUUUAUACUACUAGAUGAUAUAAAGUGCUAUAUUGAAAACUUUUGUUUUCAUCAUGAUAUAUAUCAGUCAGAAAAAAUACCAGAACCAAAUAUGAUCUGCUUAAGCAGAUAUUUGAAAAUACCAACCCCUACUCCAUUGUGUAGCAUAAAGUAAGUGUGAAAGGUUUUUGUCUGCAAAAAGUAAAAUCUGUUUUGUUAAAUGUUAAAAUGCCAUGUUUUAAUGAUUUAGAUUUUAUUUUUAGUGUAAAUUCUGUUUGGAAGAAAUAUUCGAAGAAACAUUUUUCAAAAUUGUGGAUAGCCUGAAAAAAAAAGUCAGUACUGAUGCCUUGAUGACUGCUUCUUGUAUUUUGUAUCAGUACUAAAACUUUGAUGGCUGCUUCUUACAAUUUUAUGUCUGUACUGACACCUUGAUUGCUUCUCCUUUAGUUUAUACCUGUGUUAAUACCACCUUAAUGACCACUUUCCUCCUGUUCUUAAAUUGUUACCUGUUUUGAAUAGUUGUUAAGUGGGUCAUUGUCGUUGCAUCCAGUGGGCUAAAAUAUCAUCAUGUUUUUCAAAUGAUGAUGGGAAAUUGAUUAGGUUAUAAUUAUCUAUCCCACCACACAGUGGAGUGGGAGACAUGUUCAUUUACUCCUGUCUGUGUGUGUGUGUGUCUGUCUGUCUGUCUGUCACAAAGCUUGUCCACACUCUAAGUUGCACAUUUCUCAUCCGAUGUUCACCAAACUUGAACAAAAUCUGUUUGCCAAUAGUUCCAUAACUAGCCAAACUGGCCCAGGCACUUCGGAAUUGUGGCCCUUGGAACAUAAUUACUGAUACAGAGUUGUAGACCGGUUACUCCUACUCCAACUCCAACAGAUACCAGUAGGCUGCAAACAGUAUAUAAAGACAGACUUACUAUUCAGAUGUUUAGGCAGUUGUGGGAGAAAUGCGCUUUUCUCAAAAGCACCUCUAGUUAUUUUUAUUAUGUAGAAUGUAUAUAGAAAAAGUGAUAUUUAGACUGAUUGUUAAGAAGUGUACAUAAUUAAAGCUAAAAGUGAAAGAA